CCAAAUAGAAAGUAGAAACCGCCCUCUCUUCAAAAUCACAGACAGAAAAGCAAGAAAAAAGAAACUCGCAAAAUACUACUAUCACAAACAGCCAAACAUUUGAUUCCCGGUUUCACACACACAUACACACAGCGAAAAAGCGCCCUAAAAUCUCCUUACAUUUUCCUCUUCCGUCAAACGAUGGCGAAUAAUUUCGGUAUCAACCAACCGUCGUCGUCGACGACGGCAGCGGCGGCGUCACCAUCGCCGUCGUCGUCUGCCGCGGAUUCGUAUAUCGGAAGUUUCAUUAGUCUGACAUCCAAGUCUGAGAUUCGUUACGAAGGAGUGCUUUACUAUCUUAAUCCUCAAGACUCUUCCCUUGGCUUGAAGAACGUGAGAUCAUAUGGAACUGAGGGGCGUAAGAGAGACGGUCCACAGGUUCCUCCAAAUGAUAGAGUUUAUGACUACAUUUUGUUUCGUGGGAGUGACAUUAAGGAUUUGCAAGUAAAGUCCUCUCCACCUCCUCAAGUGGAAGAAUCAUUGGAUAACGAUCCUGCAAUUAUUCAGUCACGCUGUGCUGGAGUCCAUCCAAGCUCUUCAAGACCAGUUUCGCUGAAUGGUGGAUCUUUGACAGAAUAUGGCACUUACAAGGAACCUGCUUCCUUGAAUAGUGUGCCACCUUCACAUCAAUCAGUAAACCAUUUUGAACAAGGCAGUUCUGAGGCAACUCAAUCCAACUUCGGUUCUUAUACAACGCCAACUUAUGGACAAAGACACAGUGAACCCGCAAGCAGUCACCAUGCUCCACAGCAUUCUCUUCUACCUGCUGUUUCACAUCCAAUGAUGCAGGAUUUGCUGCAGGCGUAUCCACUCCAGGGCCCUGAACCUUUCACAUCAACUGUUCUAUCAAAAUCCGUAGCUCCAGUGCCUUUGGUUACCACUGCAAAUUCUUUAUCUUUAACUAGUAGACAUAGUCUUGCACCCCAACAACUUCCCAUGGCUCCUAGUACUAACAUUAUAUCUCCCUUAUUAAAUGUAUCAUCUUUGUCUUCUUAUGCGUAUGCUCCUUCUGCAUUUGCCCAAUCUGGUCAAAAUGUGGGUUCUUAUGCGUAUGCUCCUUUGGUAUUUCCUCAAUCUGGUCAAAGUGUGGGUAACUCUGGUGCUCCAAUCCUUGCUAGAAUAGGUUCCAACACUUCACCCUUAUAUCCUGUAUCCCCAGUUGUAGAUUCCUCAUCAGGUGUCUUUCCACAGCAACCCCCUAGACUGCUAACUCCCGAUCAGUUAUCUCUACCCAGAUUAUCUGGGCAAUUAUAUUCAGAUCAGAAGGACCUUGGUGCUCUGAGCUCGGAACCUUUGAAUCCCUCAUCACUUGCUACUCCAGCAGUCCAAGCGCCAUUGUUGCCAUUGCCACCUGCUGCGAAGAAGUUGCAAUCAUCUUCUGAGUUUACUGAAGAAUUCGAUUUUGUUGGAAUGAACGAGAAGUUUAAUAAGGAUGAAGUAUGGGGUUAUCUUGGAAAAGCAAAACAAACAGCUAAAACAAUGGACAGUGAAGACAUUGGCAAUGAAAACAAGGGGAAUGAAGAUGGUCAUGGCUUGGAUUGUAAUGCUGAUCCCAAACCUGCCUAUAAUAAGGAUGACUUCUUUGAUAAUAUAUCUCGUAACACAGUUGCUCGUGGAGGUAGGAAUGGGCAGAAUCGUUUCUCUCAGAGGAUGAGGCAGGAUACUGAGACUUUCGGUAACCAUCAACAAAGGCCUUAUCCUGGAUAUGGUGGCUAUGGGCCUGGACAUGGUGGGCACCGUGGUGGCUAUGGUUGGGGAAGGGGGUAUAAUAACUAUGGCAGUAGGGGCCGUGGAGGGUACAUGAGGAUGUAACAUAUUCACAGGAGUCUUGCCGGUGUCUGCUUAUUUCAUUUUCUGCAGUACUCGAACAAAUGUCAGAGAAAAUCUCCUGCUAGUUUAAUGACAUUUGCUGAGGAGUUCAAUACCAAACUGCCAAUUACUACAGAUACAGGUGUAUUAGGAAUUGUUUUUCAUAGCUGGCUCAUGUUAUUUUUGGUCCAGUGAGUCAGUUUUCUCUGUAGGCUUCUUUAUGCAACUAUUUCUAUGGUAUGGGUUCCGUGGGAAUUUGAGUUUUUUGAUCAGUUCACUGGGUUCUGUUACGUAAUUUACGCAACUUUUGCUCAAGGUGGAUUGAGAGUCGUCAUACUCCCAAACUGUAGUUUCUUUAGCUCAAAUCGGACUGGGGAAGUAAACUUGUCAUCUUAUCAUUUUCUUCGGUUUAAAAAUCAUAUUCUAACUUAAA